GCACUGUAGCGGUUACGUUUGAAUCCCGGAUUCGAAAAUUGUAACGGUCGCUUGUGUUUUCUCCUGUCGGCAUGAUUGUUUACUGCGAUAGUUUUGUCUCGGAUUGAAUGGGAUAUAGAUUACCAAUAUUAGUCUUUUGUCUUGACAAGUGUCCCGCUAUAGUAUUUUGACGAUUGGUAGUACAACUUAGUGAAAUAUUUAUAUUAUUCGACGUGAAAACUGUGUAAAGCCGGCUGACGAUAUGGAUGCAUUCACUCAGCGAAUGUUGGAGCGUGCUCAAGCUCGAAGAGAGAAGUUAGACAAACAGCUUAACAGUGUUGGUGAACAAUCAGCAUCAAAAAAGAGAGCUCCAUUGAUUGAAAACAAUCAUGCAGCAAAUGAAAUGGACUUGCAAUCAAAAUGUGCUUCUCCAUCUCCAAGAAAAAGCAACAUAGCGACUAGGAAGAUGUCAACUGCUUCACCCAAGCGAACAUCAACAAGCGGCCGCAGAUUUAGUAAAUCCCCCAAGAAAGAAGCUACUUCACCUCCACCCCCACGUCAAGUUUCAGAAACUGAGUCUGAUGAAGAUGAAAGAGGUAUGCAGACUGAUUCUGACAGUGAAAGAGAGCUUGUUUCUGACGCAAGCAACUUUCAAGUGAAGGAAUCUAGAGAAAAGGCAGAUGGUGAUAGUGGGGCUGUUAUUACUGAUCAAGUUCGAUCUCGCCUCAGGCGCUUGGGAGCUCUCUAUUCUGAUUCUGAGCAGUUGUCAUCACCUAUUCAUCGUACUGAAAACAAUUUUUCUGCAGAACCUGCUUCACGGCCCACCCGUAACAAAUCUGCAACACGCUCAGCCCGUUUAGCUGCCCUUGCCAGUACAAUUAAUGAAUGGGAAGAUGACCUCAGCCAUCCAAGUGUGGCAACUGCCUCUGCUCGCGUCAAGGCUUCAGACUCACCUAAACCUGUUACAAGGUUUAAUGCAGCUGGAAGAAAACGAAAGUCAGUUGACAAGAAUGAACUGCAACCCACUGUCAGUAGCCCUGCUAAAAGUUUAGGGAGUUCAAUUAAUACCACUUCCAGCUCCAGAUUACCUGGUUUAAAGGCUACCAGGAAAUCUGGAGGAGGAUGCAGUCCAAAAGGGAAAAUACCAACAGAGGUAACAUCUCCCACCAAACAGUUGCAGUGGGACAAAGCCAUGCUUGAUAGCUUGGAGUCCCAGGGUUUUACCCGGUCUACUUCCAAUAGUCGACUUACAUAUGACUUUGAGGAAGGAAGUAAAGACUCCAGUAUUGAUUCAGAAGGGUUGCAAAAUUUGGAAGAAGAAGAAGAAGAUGAUCAUGAUGAGAGCCCAGCACGAAGCCCAUUGAAAAGGGAUAUUUGUAGCCCAUCAAAGAACUUCAAUAAGUUCACUAGCCCAUCUCGCAGCCCAAUGGUCAUGGGAGUAGCUCAACUUCGAAAUUAUGCUUCUCCCACAAAGCAGGCUCCUGGUAGCCCUAAGCAAGGCGCAGCUUCACCAGCUAAGACUCAAUUCAAAGUCAACCUCAAGCCGGUUAAUAUUGAUGUUUCUCAACCAGAGGGGUCAGUAUUACAAAGAGCUGCAAAAUACGAGUCUGAGGCUACUAGCCCAUCCAAGCGUCUUGCAAGGGAUCCAGCUGAGCUACCCCUCUCUGAGCGAAUGGCACUAUUUGAGAAGAACAAAGGGCCGUUACUGGUGCCCAAAGUUCCAUUUGGGGUACCAAUGCCUGCAAAACUACUGAAAGAGACAGAAUGUGCUUCUCAUCAAGCACGUAAAUCUCCUCAGCUAAUUCGCAAAUCACCCCCACAAACUCGAAAGUCUCCUCAGAAACCUUCAACAAGCUCAUGUCCUCCAAUCAAAGAACCAGUGAUGAAUCUGCCUAAAUCUCCAAGCAAAGUAGCUACUACAAUGAAACAAAAUAUUGAGGAGUCUGCUAUUCUUCGACGCUUGCAACUGUUUGAGGCUGGAAGAGUGGGUCUUGAGGAAAGUCCCAGCCGUCCCCAAAACCAGGCAGUUGCUGAGAGGCGGAAAGAGAUGGAGAUGCUUUCCAGUCGAUGGAAUCGCAACAAAGAGAUGGCAGUAGAUGAACCGAGUUCUCCCAAACCAAAGACUCAAGCUUCACCACUAAAAGCUUCUUUCAACAUGGUACCAGGAACCCCACCUCCGCCACCUCCUAUGCCUACUUUGCAGCCAUCAACUAAAUCGGCUUCACCUCGCCGUUCACCACGACGUCCUCCAACUCAGGAGGGUUACCCAGGCCUAACAGAAGUUAAAAAGAUCAAAGUUUCGCCACCCAAGCCAGGUCGCUUAUACCCAAGCCUUUCGGAUGUGGAAGCUACAACGGAAACCGAGGAACAAUCUAGUGGUGAACAGAGUUAUGAGGAUGCUGAAUCAAGUUUAGAGCCUGAAUCAGCUGAUAAUAGCUUUGGCAAAGACAUACUGGAGGCUGCAGAAAAAGUUCACUCAUCUUACAGAUCACAGAAGGAUUCCAUGGAUGAUGUUUCAAUCACUGAGUCUGCUGUGCUUAGAGAUAUGGAUGAUUUCCUUGAUGAGGCUCUUGAUAGUUCUGACGAAGAGCGAAGUUGUUCUCCUAAAAAGGCUCCGAUAACUCCCAGUAAAAAGUCUGACAGUUUUUACUACAAGACAUCUGUUCAGGAACCAGUUCCUGCACCUACUCUGGAACGCAAGUCACCGAGGCGAGCUUCUACUAAAUAUCGUGCUCCUCCUCCACCUGUUACACCUUCAACUACAUCUGAGGAGCAGCAACUACCACUGAUGCACACAGUCAGUUUUUACAGAAAGCAGCAGAAUAUGACACCUCGUACACCUGCUAAACAAGUUCAAACUCAAGGAUCCCCUGAAAAAUGUUUGGGCUCACGCAAAGAAGACAAUAAAGAACAUGAAAGAAAUCUUGUUGAAGUUCGAGUCAGAAAUCUCCUUGAUGAAGUUUCCAGACAGCAAACUGUCAUUUCCCAAGCCAGUCAAGCUCUUAAUUUGUGUAAUGCCACUGUUGAAUUCUCUGGUUCUGCUGAACAGGUUGAAGGGGAGAGAUUGUUGUUACUAUCUACACACAAACGCCAAGCCUCUCUCAAUGAGAUUCAGAGGUUGAAAGUGGAAGGUACCCUGCGUCCUCAAAACCCAUCUGGUCAUGACACAAGUAAUUUCUCAGAGCAUGGCACCCUUCACAUCAGUGAAAUUACCUUACCAGUCAAGCGUGAUUUUGUAAGAUCCAUUGCUGCUGAAGAUAAUAGCCAUCAUUUUGUGUGCCUUGCUAAAUGCCAAGAUGUCGUCCUGGCCACUUCUGUCCUGUCAAUCUCAAACACAAGGGAUUUGCAGGGUGGUCAGACUCUACGUUUUACCUCAUCUCUGACUCUCCCAGACCUAUACAGCAACUUCAGAGUUACUUUAGAAAUCUACACUAUGACCUGCCGUAAAGAAAUGCUUCCCCAUGAUGUGAAGUAUCACAUCAAUAAAAAGGAUUCUAAACAUCGCAUGACUCCCAAGAAACAAAAGCAAGACUCUCAUCUUUUGCGCCCCCCUAUUCAAUCACCAGCUGGCCCAGGAGCUGUGAGGUCUCCUCAGUUCUCUCUUAUUGGAUAUGUCAUUUUCUCUCUGCGUGAAAUUCAAAGAACGUCAUUUACUCUCAAUAAGGUACCGUAUACUAGUCCUCUUGAAGGAAGUGUUCAGCUUCACCUUAAAUGUGAUCUGUCAUUAGAUAUUGAACACAGAGGCUUUCUUACCAUGUAUGAAGUAGUUUCGGGAUAUGGUGCAUGGCAUAGGCGUUGGUGCCUUCUUAAAGGAGAAAUGUUGUCCUAUUGGAAGUAUCCUGAUCAUGAAAAGAAAGAGGUUCCAAUUGGUUCAAUUGAUCUGCGGUCUUGCAUAACUGAAAACGUGGGCCUGGUGACAAGGGAUCUUUGUGCUCGUCUGAAUACUUUUCUUCUUGAGACCUCUCGACCAGCUAAAUCAACUGAUGAAGAUUCACUAGACUUGGUGUGCAAAGGCAAUGUCACUCAUGUUCGGCACCUCCUGUCAGCUGAUACGAAAGAAGAGCGAGUUGACUGGUGCACUCAACUCAACAAAGCACUCACUGUAAUCCGUGCUUGGGGAAAGAACUGAACUUAGCUUUGGUUUGUUUUCUUUAUUGUCUGCCGGGAUAAUGAGGGACCAUUUACUUUUCCUGUACAUUGUCGUCAGUAAUUCUAUCAUAGUAAGAGACUUUAUCUGUACUCAAUUCACUAAUCACUAGUAUUGCAUGCAUUUAUAUGGGAUAACUCAGCUCUCUUGUACUAAUAUUUUUAUUAAGCUGUACAUAAUUUAAUUUAUCUUUGAAUGAUACUUACCUUGAACUUUGGUAUGUACCAUUUUCUUCUUGACUCUGUUUUACUAAUUGCUUCACAUUUCUAAUGAACUAAAUAAUUCUAGAAAGAGACACAAACAGUAUUAUUCAAGCUAAAUCACUUGUUAACAUUUUGUAGGACACCAUUUUCUCCUAUUCUGUUCUGUGUUUUCAUAUUAGAUCUUAAUAUCUUGACUUUCUUGUAAACUUCUUCACUAGGUCAAGGCUAUUAUUUUCUUUUAAUCAUUUUAAUUUGCUCUCUAUUAUGAGAAUCUCAUUUAGUUUUACAUUAGUUGCAGGUGUGGGAGGACAUAUGUCUAGUAGCUUUAUUCUAAACUUUUUAAAAAGCUGACUAACAUUGACAGACUGUAUUUACAUGCAAAGUUUAAAUUAACUCUUAUUUUAUCACUUUUUUUACAUGCAAGUGAUAUGUAAUAUUAAUAUAGUCCAGCAACCAGUCUAUGUAAAGGUUCACUGCACAGGUUUGCAGAGAUCUUAUACACAGUCUGGUGCAAAUAUCUA